AUGCUGGAUUUAUCCAACAAAAGGAAGAUUCUAUUUGAUCCAGAAAUAGCACCUCACGAUGAUGCCAGCAACAAACUGUAUGUGCAGUCCAUAAUUGAGUCUGAAUACGCUCAGACAAGGAAGCUUCCAAGACACCUGCAAGACAAGAUAGACCUUGCUGAAACAAAGAAUAACGGGAAAGGUCAGCCGCUCACAAUCCUGGAUAAGUUGAAAAGACAGAAGGAGGAGUUGGUGCAAGAACCCGAGCUAUCUGUGAAUGCGGAUCUGCCCACACAGAGGGCCAUCCAGGAAUUGGAGUUCCCAGAACAAGACAAAACUGCUGGAAAGGGGGAUAUAGAGGAAAUUACUCAGGCAUUGGUGUUGGCCAAAGAUGACAGUUCAAACAAGGCUCUCGUGAUAAAAGAUUCUCCCUUCGCCGAGCACGAUUCAUACAGCUUGUACUCUCGUGCUCUUCAGCAAAAGCAACAGGAAGAUACCAUGAACAACUCUUUCGUGAAACCCGAAUGGCAUGCUCCCUGGAAACUCAUGCGUGUUAUCGCGGGACAUACCGGAUGGGUACGCAGUGUCACUGUUGAGCCUGAGAACGAUUGGUUUGCUACUGGAAGUUCUGACGGAACCAUCAAGAUCUGGGAUCUAGCAAGCGGAAAACUGAGGCUGACUCUUACGGGUCAUAUCAUGGCAGUGAGGGGACUCGUUGUUUCCGACAGGCAUCCGUAUAUGUUCUCUUGUUCUGAGGACAAGACCGUGAAAUGCUGGGAUCUGGAAAAGAACAAGGUAGUGAGGGACUACCAUGGACACUUGAGCUCGGUAUAUUCCAUCGACCUUCAUCCUUCAGUAGAUCUCCUGACUACGGCUGGUCGUGAUUCCUCCGUGCGGGUUUGGGAUGUGAGGACCAAGAACCAGAUUCAUGUUCUGACUGGACAUAAGGCCUCUGUCAUGAAUGUUCGCGUUCGUGAAGAUAAGCCCCAUAUAAUCUCCACUUCUAUGGACAGUACGGUGAGGCUGUUUGACAUGGCUGCUGGUAAGACAUUGAAGACGUUAACUCACCACAGAAAAGCUGUUAGGGGACUAACGCUACAUGACACAGACAACACCUUUGCGACUGCUUCUUCUGAUGCCGUGAAGUUCUGGACGCUCCCCGAAGGAGAGUAUGUGCGUGACUUUUCCCCAAGACACAACGCUAUCAUAAACACGCUUUCUGUGAACAGAUCAAACGUGAUGUUUAGCGGUGCAGACAACGGAACAAUGGCAUUCUGGGACUGGAAGUCUGGUCACAAGUUCCAAGAGCUGACCACCACUAAACUUCCGGGUUCCAUCGAAUCUGAAAACGGAAUAUUUGCAAGCGCUUUUGACAGAUCUGGCCUGAGACUGAUCACUGGAGAGGCCGAUAAGAGCAUCAAAGUGUGGCGUGAAGAUCCGAACGCGACUCCCGAAAGUCACCCUGGAAUCCCCUGGACGCCUCCUUCCGCAACAUUCUAA